GAAUGUCCGCCAAUUACGCGACGUCGUAUUUGACAAACAGCUGAGAGAAGUAAACAGAUAAAAAAAAACUGGGAAGAACAGACGGUGAGGAUUUUGCCUAGUACGACAACAUUUGUUGCAUUUAAAUUUACAGUAUACAGAUUCACUUAUUUAAGGAGAAAACACUGACAUGGAGGCUAAACAACAGGGUCUGCUGGAGACAAGGCCUCUUCAAGAAGUUGAUGAAGAUGCAGUCUUAGAUAUUGACCUUGGCAACACAGUUUCUGAAGAAGAACGAGAACUGAUGGAGAUGGAGUUGGCAAAGCUUGAAGAAGAAAUUUUGACUUUGAAGCAAGUCUUGACUGCCAAAGAGAAGCAUCAUGCAGAGUUAAAAGUGAAACUUGGAAUUAGUCCACUAAGUGAAUUUAAACAGAAUUUUAAUAAAAGCUGGCAUGAUAUGCAAACAUCUACAGCAUACAAAAAGACACAGGAAACCAUUAGCAAUGCAGGGCAAAUGGCUUCUAUGGCUUUCAGCAAUGUUGGCUCUGCAAUCAGCAGAAAAAUAGGUGACAUGAGCUAUAAUCUUCGUCACUCCAUGAGCAUGCCAACUAUGAGAAGUUCAACUAGUUUUAAAUCAUUUGAGGAAAAAGUUGAAAACACUGUAUCAACUUUAAAGUCCAAAGUGGGUGCAUCAAGUAACAGUGGAGGAAGUUUUGAAGACGUCCUGUCAUCAACGGCCAAUGCCAGUUCUCAGGACUUACCCGGAUGUCCAAAUCCAGCAGCAGGCAGUGAACCACAGUGUUAAUGAAUGAAACACUGCAAUGGUUAAAUGAGAAUUCAAAAAUUAUGUUGUGCAGUAGGAACACGACCCUCACUGCUUGUUUUUUCUGUGGACCAGCAAACCUUCAUGUUGCUUAUAUAAUUGUUAAAGGAGCUGUGGAAGGAAAGCUUAAAAUAAAGCUUAGUGACAUGUAAUGGAUCAACCAAAGGUUAUACAUACAGGACAAAUAUCAAAUGGAGAUACGUUGUAACAAGUAUGUUUUUUUUUUCUCGGUAUACCACUAUGUGUCAUAUCUUUUUUUUUUUUUUUGCUAUAAGAUGACAUUUUAAAUUAUAUUUUUUGUGCACUUGUAUACAGCAUAUAUAUUUUUCUGUAUUAUAAUAAAUACACCGUGAAGAAGACGCUACUAAAUUCUGUGAAAACUCUUACAUCAGAGUAAUCUAAAGGUAGGGUGAAAGUACAUUUACUGAUAUACUAAUAGAAAAGACGAGCCUAAAAGUAAAUAACCAUGCAAUAUUUACAACCAUAAUCAUACAUGUUUCAAUAAUCAGUGAUUUAUAAAUCCUUAAAUUUUGUCUAAAAUAUCAAAAGACUACCAAUACAACUGAAAAACAAAGCUCAAGGUAACAGGGCUUGUGAGAAGAAAGUAAACCUAUGGCCCCUGUUCUGUCUUAGGUAUCCUAUAUAAUCAUAAGGCUUGUGCUAGAGUUUAUAAUUAUUUUCUGAUCAUAAGAUAGUCUCAUGCUCUCUGUCAAAACCCGUUUUAAUCAAGCAGUAGCAGUGUGGUAAAAUAGCAUCGGCAGAAAGUGUCACAGCGGGAUAGUAAGAAGAAAAAAAGAGAAUGGGAGAAGGUCUGUAACAGCAAGUAAUGAGGAUUUCCAAAGUUUAAUUUAAGAAAAUAAUUAACAUAUAAUGUCUUAUUUGCAGUUCCAGUGAGUGUACUCCAUAUUAAAAGUCUUCAGCCUGGAUUGAAAUACUGGAGCUGAUGGGAUUCUAUUACAGUAGAGGAUCUAUGGCAGUGUUUUGGAGCUCUUUAGUUUAACGUUCUACUUUCUACAGUAGUCUUAUUUAUCCUUGGGGUUUUAUGAAGGCCUGAAUCUUGAGACAGCAGAGGAAAUACUCUGGGAGGCACACUUGAAUAGUUUAUAUUAAGUUGUGUUCCAAGGAGGACUCUGAAGUUGGCUCCAGAUGUAACUGUAAGAGUCUUCAAAACAGGAAUUAUAUGUUUAUGCUUAUUUGUAAUUCUGAUUCUUUUGGCAGGAUUUUGUAUUAAGUGAAAUACGGAAAGGGAAUGACUUAAUCAGCCCAUGAAUAAGUGUUGCUGUAGUUGUAUUAACUUUUCUGUGUAAUGCGUAGCUAAACACCUGAAUCUUCCUACAUUUACUAGCCAAGAAGAGAGAUCUUGGAUUGUACAGCAAUAUGAGAACUAAAUGGUAGAUUAGUGUCAAAGUUAUCACCCAAAUUAUGUGAAGAUUAGGAAAAGCUAACAUCUUAAGUGUCCCGGGUUAAACAUUGAGAAUAUCUUGUUACUGUGUGCCGAGUCUCCACUAGUAUAAUACUUUCUGCAUUUAAAGGCAAGCAGUUAUUACUUAACCAAUAUCUUAAUACACUGAAGCAAAUACUGCAAAUCGUUAGACCUGAUGAUGGAUGGAUGGAUAAAACUUGAGUAUAUUCUGUUCUGAAGUUAAAAUGAGUAUUUUUUUUUGCUUUGAAUGAUAUUCUUGAGGUAGCAUAAACAGCAUAAUCCUAACAAUCCUGUUACUGAGCCUUGAGAGAUACCAUAUCUAUCUCCAGAUUGUAAUAAUGGAAUACUUAUAUCACUUUUUUUUUUGUACAUUCUGAAAAUAAUUUGUAAAGUAUGAACUAAACCUUCCAAUAUGAGGCUGAUAGGUUUCGGCAUUAUGUUAGGCUAUGUAAUUGAACUGUGAAAUGUCAAAUGUGGCAAAAUCAGUGCUUAACUACUGUAGAACAGCAUAGCAGCUGUUGCAUUUCCUCUAUUGGAACAUUUUGGAAUUUUCUAAGCAUGAGUUACUGCUGUUCCUACCCUACUCAAAGACUGAACAUAUUAUUGUUUAAACAUUGUACAGACAGAAAUUGGUCAAAUUUGCCAAAAAAGAUAAAGGUUUAACAAAGCACACAGAUAGAUGACUAUGGGAUAGUUCAGUAUAUUUUAGACAGAAAUAUUGUCAAGACCGACAUGUUUACUAGUGAAUUCUGGGAAAGGAAGCGUAACAGCUUCAGAGAAUUAGGACCACAAUUUUACUCUUCUUCCAAAGAGCAAAUAACAAAAUUAAGUUUACAAGCCAGUUGUUUUAUGUGCGUGGUCAGUCCUGCAAAUGACCUGCUGAUGCCAGCGCAAAGGCUAAAAUCAUAACUUAUUUAUUUUGUUUUGACAACUUUUGUUUAACUUCACCAUUCUUUGCAAAAAACAGUAAAACUGCAUGUGUAGAAUCACUAACAUACAAUAUUUUAUUCUGAAAUUGUGUAAGCUACCACCAACUUAUUAUAUUUUGUAUUUAUUAUGCUAAAUAAAUUACACAUCAUAUAAAAGCUGAGCACAGAAUUUUUAUUUUUUUUUAAUUUAGCUUUCAAAACUCUGGAUGUUCUUUCAAUGACGAUUUUUCUUCAAUAUUGUAAGAAUAAUAUUUACUGCAUCAUAACAUUCAAGCCCAGUUGAUCCAGUUCAGGGUCACUGUGGGGCAGUAUCCUGUCCUGGGAGCAUUGGACAGAAGGCUGGAAACAGCCCUGGACGAGGCGCCAGACCAUCUUGGGGACACUUGCACACACACGGGACAGUUUGGACUUGCCGCAUAACCUAACCUACAAUUUUUUGUCAGUGUGGCAGGAAAACCAACAAUGAAACUGGGAAAAUGUGAAAACUCUGUUAGCACAACAUUAGGGCAUAAGAUUUGAACCCAGGGAGCAUUACUGCAAUGUCCUAUUUUUUUUUUUUUUGCUUUAUCCGUAAUGGAAUAGUAGCACAGAUUCAUAUGUAAACUGUACUAGGUUUAUAUGCUUAUAAGAUCCUUAUUAUCAUGUCUUCAGAGCACAGUGAAAUUCUUACUUGUACGUGUUAAUCAACAUGUCUCCACUCUCCAGGACGAUGAUUUGUGAGUAUAACUACCUUACCUCGAAACUUGUCUUCCUUAGUUGAAAAUCUGUGAAUUACUGAUAAAACUACCUUUUUAAAAAUAUCUUUACCUUAAUAAUAAUAAAAUAAUGUAUUGUUUUAAUUAUUUACCUAGUAUUGCUUUUUUCACUUGUUUCAUGUGUUUAGGCACUUGGGACUAAGUAAUAAACACACUUCUGGAAAAGAAUAAGAUAAGGAAAGAGUAGUCAAAGUGUGACAGUUGACAAGUUUGAAAUGUGUAAAUUUAAUUUGGUGCAUAAUUUUUAAGAGGAAAAAAAUGCAUUAAACAAGCAAUUUGUAAAAUUAUAAAUUUAUUCAGGCAUAUACUGUACUAGAAGAAAACAAGGCAGCCUACAGUUAUUCUGAAUUUAAGAAGUAAUAAAAUACUUGUCCUACCUA